AUUCCUUACUCUAUAUUUAACAGCUGCAGUCUGUGCUGGGGGCAACUGCAACAGAGGGGAACCUUUGUAGCUUCCCAAAUUCACGGCUCGUGAGGGUGGGAGCGGGGGAAGCUUUUUGCAGGGAGAAGAGGGAUUUCUCUCCUUCCCGGUAUUUGCAAAGCAGGUUGCGUUAGAGAGAGACUGCAAUGCCAGCAUCCCAGCCGCGGUCCAGGGCAAGAGACAGGAACAAUGUCCUCAACAGGGCUGAGUUCCUCUCCCUGAACCAGCCCUUGAAAGGGAACCAGGAGAGCAGGAGCUCCGGCAGAAAGCAGAGCGGCCAGGCCGGGACAGCUGGUGCCCAGAACAACAACCCCAAGGAGCGGAGGCAGUCGCAGCAGCUGCCCGAAGAGGACUGCAUGCAGCUCAACCCCUCCUUCAGGGGAAUCGCCUUCAACUCCCUGCUGGCCAUUGAUAUCUGCAUGUCCAAGAGGCUGGGAGUGUGCGCCAACAGAGCCUCCUCCUGGGGGGGUGCCCGCUCCAUGAUUAACCUCCUGGGGAUAACAGGGCACGGGAUCCCCUGGAUUGCGGGUACGCUCAUCUGCCUGGUGAAGAGCAGCACGCUGGCAGGCCAAGAGGUCCUCAUGAACCUGCUGCUAG